UGCAGUGGUGCAGAAUGGCUGACCUCAGUCUUGCAGAUGCAUUAACAGACCCACCUCCAGAAAUUGAGGAGGAGAUAAAACGGGACUUUAUUGCCACACUGGAGGCAGAGGCCUUUGAUGAUGUUGUGGGAGAAACUGUUGGAAAAACAGACUAUAUUCCUCUCCUGGAUGUUGAUGAGAAAACCGGGAACUCAGAGUCAAAGAAGAAACCAGGCUCAGAUACUAGCCAGGUUGAGGGUAGUCCAUCUUCUAAACCAACAGUGCUGGCCAAUGGUGAUCAUGGAAUAGAAGGAAAUGAUACUACAGGUUCUCCAACUGAAUUCCUUGAAGAGAAAAUGGCCUACCAGGAAUAUCAGAACAGCCAGAACUGGCCAGAAGAUACAAACUUAUGUUUCCAGCUUGAGCAAGUGGUGAAUCCUAUCCAGACUGAUCCCUUUAAGAUGCACCAUGAGGACGGCCUGGCAGAUUUGCUCUUUCUCUCUGGUAGAACAACAUUUACAGGACAAAAUGAUCCCCUGAAAGACAAUUAUGGUAUGUCUCCCUGUGACACGUUUGCUCCCACAGCUGUUAUACCUCAGGGGUGGUCUGUGGAAUCCCCAAACACUUCACACUCAGGAUCCUUUGUUUCCCCAGAGGUCAUUACAGAACCUCCACAGCUAACAGCAGAGCUAACCAAGGAGUUAGAAAUGGCAUCAGCAGAAGAGAGGUCACCAACAGAAGCAUUUGAAAUAAUGAUGGGACUGAAGACUACUGACAUGGCACCAUCUAGAGAAACAGAAAUGGCCCUGGCCAAGGAUAUGGCACCGACCACAGAAACAGAGAUGGUAUUGGCUAAAGAUAUGGAACUACCCACCAAAUCAGAUGUUGCACUGGCCAAGGAUGACAUGCAACCAUCCAUUGAAUCAGAUAUAGCCCUAGUCAAGGACAUGGUACUACCCAUAGAAACAAAAGUGGCCCCAGUUAAGGAUGUUGUAUGGCCCACAGAAACCGAUGUGUCUUCAGCCAAGGAUAUAACACUUUUCAAAGAAACUGAGAGGGCACCACCUAUAAAAAUGGAUUUUGUCCCACCUGAAGGCAUGGUACCACCCAAAGAAAGAGAGAUAGCCACAGCCAAGGGUAUGGUAUCACUCUCAGAAAUAGAGGUGGCACUGGCUAAAGACAUGGUAUCAUCUACAGAAAUAUCAGCCGAGGAGGUGGCCUUAUCCUCAGAAACAGAGAUGGCCCUGGCCAGGAAAAUGGGACUGCCCCUAGAAACCAAGGUGGUCCUGACCAAGGAUGUAGCAUUGCCCCUAGAAACAGAGGUGGCCCCAGUCAAGGACAUGGCUCUACCCCCAGAAACAGAAAUGGUCCUGAGUAAGGAUGUGGCUCUGCCUCCAGAAACAGAGGUAGCCCCAGUAAAGGACAUGGCUCAACUCUCAGAAGCAGAAAUGGCCCUUGGCAAGGAUGUCACUACACCCCCAGAAACAGAGGUGGACCUGAUCAAGGAUGUGGCUCAAUUCCCAGAAACAGAAAUGGCCCUCAGCAAAGAUGUGGCUUCACCCCCAGAAACAGAGGUAACCCUGAUCAAGGAUGUGCCUCUGCCUCUAGAAACAGAGGUGGCCCUGGUUAAGGACCUGGCUCCAUACCCAGGAACAGAGGUAGCCCUGGCUAAGGAUGUGGCUCUGCCCCCUGGAUCAGAGGUAGCCCUGGCUAACAAUGUGAGUCCAGCCAAGGAUGUUGCACCACUCUCAGGAACAAAGGUGGCACCAGUUCCAUUUAAAGACAUGGAAAUUGCACAGAUACAGGAAGGAAUGAGUGAGGAUUCGAAGUCAGAAUCUCUCCAAGAUGAGAGGCAGUCAGCUGCACCUACUUUCAUGAUUUCACCAGAACCAGUCACAGCUGUGAGCCAAAAGUACAACUUGCCAACAGACAAAGAUUCUCUGUUAGAAAAACUGGAACAAAAGGAACCAUUCAUCAGUCCACCUCCUGAACUUUCUUCAGAGACUUUAGGAAUAGCCAGGCCAGAAGAAGGACGGCCUGCUGUGAGUGUGACCAGAAAUGACAUCACCACACCACCAAACAAGGAGCUCCCACCAAGCCCAGAGAAGAAAACAAAGCCUUUGGCCACCACUCAACCUGCAAAGACUUCAACAUCGAAAGCCAAAAUACAGCCCACUUCUCUCCCUAAGCAGCCAGCUCUCACCACCUCUGGUGGGUCGAAUAAAAAACCCAUGAGCCUUGCUUCAGGCUUAGUACCAGCUGCCCCACCCAAACGCCCUGCUGCCGCCACUGCCAGGCCUUCCAUCUUACCUUCAAGAGACACGAAGCCAAAGCCUGUUGCUGAGGCAAAGGUUCCUGAGAAGCGGACCUCACCAUCCAAGCCAGCCUCAGCCCUAGCCCUCAGACCUGGAUCCAAGAGCACCCAGACUGUUCCAAAAGCCACAACAGCUGCCACUCUUACUGCAGCUGGGCCAAGCAGUAGGAGCCCCCCUACGCCCCUGCCCAAAAAGCCCACUGCCAUUAAGACUGAGGGAAAACCUGCGGACAUUAAGAAGAUGACUGCAAAGUCUGCACCAGCUGAACUAAGUCACCCAAAGAGCACCUCCACCAGUUCCAUGAAGAAAAAUACCACUCUGGGUGGAGCAGGACCCCCGGCGGGGGUGGCUUCUACUCGAAUCAAGUCUACCCCCACGCCUCCCCGGCCCUCCAUGCCUCCUCCCACAGACAAGAAGCCCACUUCGGCCAAGCCCAGCUCCUCUGCCCCCAGACUGAGCCGCCUGGCCACCAAUGCUUCUGCCCCUGACCUGAAGAAUGUCCGGUCCAAGGUUGGCUCCACGGAAAACAUCAAGCAUCAGCCUGGAGGAGGCCGGGCCAAAGUAGAGAAAAAAACAGAGGCAGCUGCUUCAGCUGGAAAGCCUGAACCUAAUGCAGUUACUAAAACAGCCGGCCCAAUUGCGAGUGCACAGAAACCGCCUGCUGGGAAAGUCCAGAUAGUCUCCAAAAAAGUGAGCUACAGCCAUAUUCAGUCCAAGUGUGGUUCCAAGGACAAUAUUAAGCAUGUCCCUGGAGGUGGUAAUGUUCAGAUUCAGAACAAGAAAGUGGACAUCUCUAAGGUCUCCUCCAAGUGUGGAUCCAAGGCUAACAUCAAGCACAAGCCAGGUGGAGGAGAUGUCAAGAUUGAAAGUCAGAAGUUGAACUUCAAAGAGAAGGCCCAGGCAAAGGUGGGAUCCCUCGAUAACGUGGGCCACCUGCCUGCAGGAGGUGCUGUGAAGAUUGAGACCUACAGGCUGACGUUCCGGGCAAAUGCCAGGGCCCGCACCGACCACGGGGCCGACAUUGUCUCCCGCCCCCCUCACUUCCCUGGCGGCCCCAUCUCGGGUUCCUGGGCCCUUGGCUCCCUUUCCCGGGCUGUCCUCUAGUCCUGUGAGCGCUUGGGUGCUGGGCAGCCCUCCAGGCCCUCCCUCCCCUGCCUUGCUCGCCCAGGGCAGCAGCAGCCCUGCUCCCACACCUCCUUCCACUCCCUGCCUGGGCGGCUCCCUGUUCUGUUCCCAUCCCAUCAUUGCACCACUGCUGUGUGGAAAAGGUUGGGAGGGGAAUGGGAUGGAUAAGGCUAAGUUGGGAUUUUGUGGGGUCUAGGAGGGGGAAACUGGAUUCUAACCUCCUCUUUGUUUGGGUUUUUUGGACCAAACCCAAGAGAAACUGACAUUCACUCCUUCCUGCCUGCAUCAACCUGGAGGAAAGCGUGGAGGUGGAUUCCGUGUGAUGACCAGGCACUGACUGUCCCCUGGAGCCCGCUAAGCCACUGCCUCUCCCUUUGACCCCACAAUGGUGCCCCAUCAUGCAGGUGGUCCCAGGCCCCCCUUGCUGCCCCACCCAAGUUAGUUAGCGGUCAGUGCUGCCCAUCCCCGCUGCUCACCAUACCUGCCUAGCUGCUGUCACACUUUUCUUUUUCUUAUUUUAUCCUUUUUUUUUUUUUUCCUAAUAACCUAAAAACUGGUGAAAUAGUUUUGCAGGUUGAAGCCAUGUCUAAAUGAAAGUCCGCAGUAGGUGUUAAAGGAAAUAGGGAGGGGAGAUCCUUAAGCCUCCACCCAGGAGGAUGUCAGGCAGUGGGGGCUGUCCUGCUCUGUGCAGCUUGGAGCCCUGGUGAUGGCGUGGGCAAGGAAGUGAGGUGCAGGGCUGUGGCCUGAUGAACAGGUCAGGCACACUAGGGGCUGGUCAGAGUGUGGACUGGUUGUUUUGGCAUUUUGUGUGUAUGCUGCUUUUCUUUUCUAACCAAGAUGCUGGUUUUGGCAUCUCUGUUAUAUUCCUUGGGAUCUGGUGGUCAGGCCUGGGAUACAAGGCCAGGGCUGGAGAAAC